UUCUUCUAUCUUGCGAGAGGAAGCAGACGUGUAUCUGCUGCCCCAGUCAUGACUAUGAUCCGUUUAGGUGCGCUUGUUUUUUGUUGUCUGUGUGUGUCGUCAACACGAGCUGAUUGUGGAUAUGGUUGGAAAAGUUUCAAAGAUUCUUGCUACUUGUUUGUUGAUAACUUUAUGGACUGGUAUGACGCACAGGCAGAUUGUGUCAGAAGAGGAGGACACUUAGUAGAUAUUGUAGACGCUGAGGAAAACGAAUUUAUACAUUCAAAUCUUCACGAUUACUGGAACUGGCACCAUAUCGGGCUGUCUGACACGAUUGAUGAAGGUACAUUUAAAUGGGUCACAGGAACCGCUAUGGAAUAUGAUAACUUCUGGCCAGGAGAACCGAACGACUCCAGAGGAGCGGAAGACUGUGCAGAAAUGAGAUAUUCUGGACUUUGGAACGAUGUGUCAUGUUAUAAAAAUCAGUAUUACAUAUGUGAAAAGGAAGCAUCCGACUCUGGAAAUGUUGAUACUACGUUGAGAGAUGCUUCGUCGGGAGAUGCUACUACAACGACAGAACAGUAUGAUUUUCGAUGGAAAUAAAUAAUUUGAAUAGCAACAAAAACAAACGAAGACAAUAUUUGUUUGUUUGCAUUAAAUUUACAAAUAUGA